UCCCAUCUCAUUUUGAUUGGAAGCGACACGCAACAGCGAAAUCUCUGUAGGGGGUCUGACCAGGGAGAGGAUGCGACUGUGAAAGGUUUGCACCUGGGCGUGGCCGCGCCCCGCGUGGGCAAGAAAGAUAUUCAUUCAUCCCAACCUGCACAUGAUCCUACUGUUGUGCACACUGAUUCAGAACUGUAGUUACCUUGUCCUCUAGCCACUCCUCACAAUCCUUUUAUACACUGACCAUGACCAAGAGACCAAUGAUCAAACCAAACACCAGCUGCAGAGACCACCCUGGAUUCCUGGAACAAAGAGAGCCUAGAGAGCAACCUUUGGUAGCCGUUGUUGGCACCCUGGCUGGAGAGGGUACGUAGAAAAGCAGCCCCAUGGCCAUGGCUUAGACCCCCUGCAAUCAGGUAGAAUUCAACGGGAUAGAGAUUCUUCCAAGUAAAGGAGGUGAGUGUAACACCCGCCUCCAAAAUUCGCUUACAGUGGGAGCAGCAGUUGAGAUCUUUAAUUCUGGUAUGAGUUCGUUUGGGAUGAACUCCAUGGUGUGGGAUUGGGAAAAUUUGGCGCCGUUGGGCCCGACCACAACUGAAAACCACAGUAGUGGGCCAUUCCCCAAAUCAAGAGUUGUAGGUGUGGGAGCUACAAGGCAUGGAUCUGUGAGUUCAUCUGGUGGUACUUUCACUUCUAGCUCGGAGCUGGGGCAUGGUUCGUCCAAGAGCUCCAUAUCAGCAUCCAUUGGGUCUCCGUUCAGAGAAGGGAAUUGUGGGUCUCCCUUCAAAGAAGGGAACAGCUUAGAGUUCAAUUUUGCUGCUGUCAAUAGGCAUGGCAAGAACACGCGCAAGAAUGGUGAGUCUGGUAGAUUUGAGGACACCAGGUCUUCUUCGUCAUUGAUGAUGCCAGUCAGCAAUGGAGAGCCAUUAAUAAGCCUUAAGCUUGGAAAAAUGACCUACUUUGAAAAUGUUAGCGGAGGGCAGGAUGUCAAGACUUCUGCUCCUUCAGGCGUGACUUCUCCGUCUACCGCUGUCAAGAAGGCUAAGGUCUCGCAGCAGAACACACAAAGCUCAUACUGUCAGGUUGAAGGUUGCAAAGUUGAUCUGUCUUCUGCCAAAGAUUACCACCGCAAACACAAAGUUUGCGAAGCUCAUUCCAAAGCUCCCAAGGUUGUUGUUGCUGGUUUAGAGCGCCGUUUUUGCCAGCAGUGUAGCCGGCUUCAUGGUUUAGCUGAGUUUGACCAGAACAAACGAAGCUGUCGCAGGCGUCUUUCUCAUCAUAAUGCACGAAGAAGGAAACCGCACGCAGAUACAAUUUCAUUCAGUUCAUCAAGGCUCUCGACAAUGUUUUAUGAUGCAAGGCAGCAGACAAAUUUUUUCUUUAGCCAGCCUCUUUUUGGCCAAGUGAUGAGCAAUGCAGUUUCUUCGUGGGAUAACCUUGGAAUGGAAACGAAAUUUCCACCGAUCAAGCCAACGAAAACGGUAGGCCUUGGUGAGCUGCAUUUCUCAACCGCCCAGAUGUCAAACAGUGUUGUCGCUCAUGCUGUACAUCAUCAUGAUUUUGAUGGGCUCAUGUCACUCAAGGGAACCAACACGAAGGCCUUCAACCAAGGCGGUGAAGCCUCUGCGAUUGCUUCCAACUCGAAUGGGGCCCCGGUUAUUGGGCAUGCUCUCUCUCUUCUGUCAAACGGUUAUGAGGGCUCAACUGUCCUCCAGCAUCCUAGUUCUCAUGUGCACGCUGGUACGAUGCCGCCCCUUGCCACUGUCCCCUCCAAUCCUGUCAUGCAUGCUCUGGACUCAACCGCGGGAGGCUUCUGGCAAGACCACCCUCGCCCGCUCGAUGGAACUCUGCAGAUCCAGGCAUUUGCACACCUCUGACUAUUGUCAAAUGUACUGAUGCUGCAUCCCCUGGGAACCGUUGGUUAGUCACUUCAUCGUAAUCUGCGACUCUGCUAUGCCAGUGACAGCUCUGCACAAUGUCAGUCAUAUCAUUGGAGGCAUUUGAUGAGGUGAACACUGAAGAAUAAUAGGAGGCAACCCCCUGAUCUUCCUGAUUUAGGAUCCAGCUGUGUGCUUGUGUCGCUGCCUGAACCGGUUUUUGGUUUGCCACUAGAGAACUGAUCAAAUGUAUUCAUGACUGCUCAUGGGAUGACUUGUUUCACCGACACUACAUGAUCUUAUGUUUGACGAUGUGCUCAUAAUCGGGGUCCACGAAUGUGUUCUCCCAUUGUGAACUCAAGUUUUGGUUUGGUUC